AUGUUUUCUUAUGGUAUAGUUUGUAUAUACGUACUCUCCCGGACCGUCAUCUUUGCCCCCUCCGCCAAAGAGAUAGAAGAGCCUGAGAUGGAGCCUCUUUCUAUCAUUCUGGAGCGUCAACUUUCUUACUUUGCUGAACCUGACACAUUCGAUGCGCUGUUGCGCUACCUCGGCCCCGAGAGCCUGUGGUGCGAGAUUUUCACGGUGGUCCGCAGCGGAUUCAACGAGCAGAACCGACGCAAGCCUUUUCGCCUCUGGAAGGUUGAGAAACCGGGCUUCGAUAAGGACUUUAUGGAUCUAGUUGGGGCAAUGACAAAUUUUGAUCCUGCUAAGAGGAUUACUGCUCGUGAAGCACUGGCGCACAGGUGGUUUGCCGAUGUUGAGGGCUAA